AUGCCCAGAUUGGUUAGUCGAUAUGAUUCAGAAAGCGUAUCAGUUCGAGAAGAAACUGCACACCAGCAAUCAUUAAUGAACCUUAAUUUGUGGGUGACAAAAGGACCGUAUCGUAAAUGUGUUGGCACCGGGUACUUGAUUGGGCAAACGGCUGAUAUUUGGAUCAUACCACAUCGAUGCAAAAUAACACAACUUGUGAUGGGUGGGCGAAACGGAAUAGCCGGAGAAGCCGCUGGUUGCCAGUCAGCGCUGUUAUUUGCACUGUAUCAGAAUGAGAAGUCAGGACGGAGAAUAAAUUUAGAGCUCAUUUUUAAAGAUUCUAUCGGCUCAGGCAUGAACACUCGUAUUGGAGGGAGCAUAUGUUGGAAGACAGCGUCUGUGAAAAUCCGAACAAUACGCGAGGAGAGAUUACGACAAGCGGAUGGCCGAAGAAAGAAGGAUCCAUGGGUGAAUGAAACAGAUCGGCGGCUGCCUGAUAUGGACAAGCCGACGUCGAAUUUUUUUCUCGUGUCGCGUACACAAGGGCCGAUGACCGUGUCGCUAAACCUUGCUGGUGUCGAGUACUCGAGCCACAAGGGUUUGGCUGGCUUUGUCUCCGGCAACCCCGACGUUUUCUCUGACGGCCAUUCACCUGCGCCCGGCCAGCUUGCAGGGUUGCGAAGGAAAGAACGACGUGGCCUGGGCGGACUGCUUGUGUCUGUUGGCCUGGGCAGCUGGUCAUCCUACUCUGUACUACUGACAGCACGCCUGACUCCACACUGGGGCACUUUAUUGCUCGAUGCGUCGCACUAGUGCAUGCUCUCCUACAUCACGCCUCCCUAUCAUCCUGUCUCUAUUCUCUAUCACCGACAUCAUUCUUCAGGCCCGCCCUUCCUGUUCCUCUUUUCCUUGUUCGGCUCGCCUUGCUCUCGCUCACUGACCUCCUUUGCCAUCACCACCAUCGCCGUGCUUAUCCACCGUCCUUACCCUCUGCCUGUGCUGGCCAAGGCUCUCCAGUCAUUACAUCGUCUUCACUGCUAAUCCGGCCUCGUUCUCUCAGGCCAGCUGCCAUACAAUUGCUCUUCCGGUACCCGAACUACACGUGCCCUUCCUCGUUCGCUUUGAUAUCUAGCAAUAUAUCUUCCAAACGUUCGAACACGCCGAUUUCCGAUUUCCAUUCCGUCUGCUGAGAUCAUUUCAUACGUGCCGUUAUCCCCUACUUCACCUAAUUACCCUGCACGUAGAGCGCUCCCGCGCUCGUCCACCUACAACCGUCUUCCACUAGGUUGUUCAUGAUCAUUCCCCUACCCUCAAUUCUCGCAGUUUCAGCAAAUGCAUACACGGUUUUGCAAGAGACUCAGUCAUCUAUCGGCUUGUAUGGGACCUCGCGUAGUUUGCAGGCUGCAGGAGGAUUUUCUCUCUAUAGCUGCCGCCUAUCAUCAAUCACUUCUGUCCCUACAGCCACUGAUACCCUCCCUGUUACAAUACCCGCAUUUUCAACGACCUUUAACGAACCUAUAGUAACGGAAGUGCCCUCCCCGCAUUCAAUUGCCGUACCUGUCACUAAUGAAUCUCUUGCGAGUGGGAUUUCGUUAGCGGCGUUGUUCCCAGUCGCGUCCUGCCCUAGCCCCUGUAUAUCGCGUCGACAAUUCAACGAGGCUCCUUCAGAGACCUUUUCAACGGAAACGACGGGACCUACUCGCACUAUUACUGUCACUACCUCUGUUACCGUUCCUUCCUCACCUUCCUCUCCAACAUCUCCAACAUCUUCCGAGACGUCUGUAUUAUCGACUCCGUCACCGGAUCCUUCGGGACCCGAUACACAGACCUCGUUUUCGCUCACUUCCAUUUCUGUACCCACGCUAAGCUCAUCGGAUGCUGGUGCCGACUCGACACAGGAAUCGGGGACAUUUUCAACGAGUAGCGACUCGUUGAGCCUUCCGAUAGGUUUACCGAGCGGUUUUCCCACAAGCUGGUCGGGCUCCUUUCCUGCUGGAACAUUGACUUCCAUUACUUCCACGCUGAUUCCUAUCCCUACGCUGACCCCGCCUUCAAAUACAAGUACUUCUUCGACGAUCUCGACGAACUCAACUUCCUCCUCUACAACC